GCUUGGGAGAAAAGUGUCUGCUAAAUAAAUAUAAAUGUGGAAAAAUAAUAUGAAGUGAAAAUUGUUCUGUUGUGUGCUUCCUCGGGCUAUGCAGCUAGAAAGAGUUUGACCCAGCGCCGCUCAGCGAAAGUUAAGGAUCGCUCGCGUCGCACAGCCCUGCUUCUCUAUGGACACGUGCGCGCUUUGGCUAAACGCACUUUCACUUUAUAGAAGUAUUCCAUCAAACGAAUCAUUUUGUGGUAGUGCAGUUUCUGUUAGAUUUUUUUUUGUGUUAAAAGGUAAACAUUAACUCAUCGACGCCUUUAUUAUGCUUUCUUCGCGGACUUCGCAAGGUUUUCACAGCAAGACAACACCCUCGGCCCAGCGCUCGAGCCCUAUUCGCAGGGCGGAGUUGUACCUCCCUGGGCGGAAGUGCCAUAAAAGGAGCUGUCAUUCCCACCCAGUGCACACGAGGGCGCCAGACAAUCGACUGCACGGUGGACGUGGCCGGAUCUGCAGACACACAACACAGAGAGCAAGCCAACAGUGGAAGAUGGUGAAAUUCGCGCUGCAGUUCAAGGCGACGCUGGAGCACGUGACCAACCUGCGGCCCGAGGGCGACGACUUCCGCUGGUUCUUAAAGCUUAAGUGUGGAAACUGUGGGGAAAUAUCAGACAAAUGGCAGUACAUCACUUUAAUGGACAGCGUGCCCCUGAAAGGAGGCAGAGGAAGUGCCAGCAUGGUGCAGAAGUGCAAACUGUGCUCCCGGGAGAACUCGAUCGAUAUCCUUAGGGACACCAUCACUCCAUAUAAUGCAGACGACAGUGAAAAAUUUAAGACCAUGGUGCAGUUUGAAUGUCGAGGACUAGAACCAGUUGAUUUCCAACCCCAGGCUGGAUUUUGUGCAAAAGGGGCAGAAUCGGGAACUCCGUUCUCUGAAAUUAACCUACAGGAAGCAGAUUGGACUGACUAUGAUGAAAAGGUCAACGAAUCUGUGGGCAUCUAUGAAGUUACCCACAAGUUCAUCAAGUGCUGACUGACUGUAGGGUGUGGUAACUGGGCUUAAACCAAAUUGAUUCCAUAUUCCCACAAAAGUCUGUUGAAUUGAUCAGGUUUGAAGACCCAUAGAAGGUCUCGGGUAUCUGGGAACGCAGCUCAACUCUAUUCAGUCUUUGAGAAGACAUGGAGGGAUAAGAAUGUAGAGGAUCCAUUCUGUUGUGGAUGGAAUGAUUUAUUUUGCACCAUGCUGUUCUUAACAGCUUCAAUAAAGACGGUGAACGAAAA